GGAGGCUCCGACCGAUCUCUCUGUGUCCGUUUCACAGUGGUCUGUUUCUGGUCUUGUGUGUGUGCGUGCUUCUCUCUCUCUCUCUCUCUCUCAGUCUCUCUCUUUCUGUGUCUCCCUGUGUGUCUCUCAGUGUCUUGGUUGUCUCACUUCCUCUUUCCUCCUCCUCCCUUCUUGGCGGACUGGAUGGAUUAUAAUCUAAUUUAUUGAGCUCUAUGCUCGUGCAUGCCUCGCCUAGUCCAGCCUCUUGGGAGGGUGAGCCAUCACGCCCCAAUCCGCCAAUUCAGACCCGAGGGUGCGAUCCUCGCCUGAAAUCCAAGCUUGUGUUCAUCACCAGUUUUUGUGCCUCUUUCAUCACGAGUAUUCAUUCUCACACCUGGAUUGGAACUAGGACGAUGGGCGAGAUGAGCCUAAGAUAGGAUACGUUCCAUCGGUUUUUAAGGAGCUGUGAGAAAAGUGGGUGUGGCUGUGGUGGGGUUCAGUCGACCAUUGGGUGGACUUCAUGAUGGAGAAUGGUCAAGAGCAUCACGGGGUGCCUGUGGUUAAUGGGGAUCCGGAUUGGUUGCCGGAUUUGGACCAACUCUCGUUGGAUGAAGGCGAAGAGACCACUUGGUUAUUGAAUGUUGGGGAACCAGAUGAGCCUUGGACUGGGAUCCAAGUAUUGGAAACCGAAGGCACAAGCGCUGCGAGAAAGAAGUCUUUAGUGAUGAAAUUGGACACUUUAAAAGUCAGACCCUCGAACCAUGCGACAGGAUGGUUGGGAGCAAGUAGUCCUGUGGGUGAUCGUAUGAUGGUGCCGGGACCAGGAGCUACAUCUUCACCAGUAGCCAAUCGCAUGUUGCCAGGUUCGAUGCAGAACUUCAAACCAAAAUUUGACGGUAAAACAUUUACACGGAUGAAGAAACAUUCAUCUCCUUCCCCCGUCCGAACCAGGGUUGAUCAAUUGUUUAACAAUCGCCUCAACGAGACCUUCCAAGUGGAUGACGAGGAGGACCCUGGUCGAGGAGCAAGUUCGGGGGGUCUUAACUCUACGUUUACGCGAGUGGACAACACAUCGUUGAAUAACACGUUUGAAGUGAAUCGCAAUGUCAAUCUGGAUUCCACUUUUCAAGUUCCGCCGAACGGAGGGCGGCGAUCUUCCAGUUCCCGACGUACGUCAGACGACGUAUCAGAGCGAUUGACUCGGUUCUCAUCGGAGGAUCGGUUGUCUGUUCAUUCGGACGGUUCCACCAAUCACCCGCUAAAUGAUGUUGGUGAUGUCCAAACCAUAGCCAGAUUACAGGAGGAAAGCUUGAGUCAUUCACCAUGCUAUUUCCGGAGGCAUUCCCAAAACAAUGCCCCCAUGUCACCUGAAUCAGAUAUGGCUUCACCCUCCGAGAAUGUUGUGGGAUUUCCUUCCGAGGCAAGUGAUGAUGUGCCGCCUGAAUGCCAGUAUUCCAGUCAAGAUUCUUUGCCAGAUUCGCCGUACAGUAGUCAAAGCCUGGACUCGCAAGCUGCUCAUGGUCAAGAUCGUUUGCGCCGAUCCAUGCCCAAUUUGAACAAACAAAAGGCCAAGGCUCAGCUGCAACCGUAUGGAUUGUCUAAGGAGCGUCACACGUCAUCCGAUCAAAGGUUUGUCUCCGGUCCCCAACAUCAAAAGUGGGGACCACCACCUAACAAUCACCAUAUUCCUCAGAGGGGAACAAUCGCUAGGGCUGAGUCUGGCCUACGAGCCCCCACCAAGAUAGGACUUGGCCGAGGGAGUGGUUUGCCAUCCCGUAUUGCGAAACCGGCGGGGGCAGGUUCGGGUAUUCCUCGGCCCGGUUCGAGGCUACCCAUGUUUAACGGAGGAGCGAGGGGUGGCUUACCUCGUCCCUCUCGCCCCCAACCCUCGAGAGAUCCUAAGUGGAUGGAGGAUUGUUAUUAAAGAAUUAAACCUACCCAUGGAUUCAUUGAAGAUACCCCUGUGAUAUUGCCAGGCCUUCGCAACAAUACCAAUUCAGAAAUAUUUGCAGUAAUACUUGAGAUUGAUCUAGUUUUCGUACCUAAUUUAUAUUAAUACACCCAUUGACACCAUCA